UUCAACCUGCAGUUGUUUAGCGGGCUCGGCCUCUCUUCUUCCUCUUCCUCUUCCUCUUCUUCUUCUUCUUCAACGUAACCUCGCUUUCUUCUUCUUCAACUUCCACCUCACUGACGUCGUCGACUCCUUCACAAUCGACACUGCAUAUUGUUAGUCCAGUCUUCCCCUUCCUUUCAAUCUCUUACAGCUAUAGAGGAAAGGCGCAUGUUAUUGCUCUUUCAAUUUUGGUUCUGAGUGCUCUAUCAAUUGUCGUGAUGCCUAUCAUGAAGGGAAAGAAUCUGAAGAGCAAAACAUCUGCUAACCAGACUAAGGGUAGGGGCAAGGGAAACAAUAAAAAAAGGAUUUCUUCCGUCAAGGAUGAUCCGUUUUUUGACAAUCCUGAACAGAAACGGCGCCGCAGGUUCAAUAGUAAUGAUGAUGAAGACAUCGAGAGUAGCGAGGAUGGUGGAGAAGAGUUUGAUACGGAAGGGGAGAUGGGGGAGGAGGAUGAGCAGAUAGAUGAUGAGAUAAAUGAGACUGCCGACGAGAAAAGGAAGCGUUUGGCUGAUGUUUUCUUGGAUAAAAUUAGGAAAAAUGAGAGGAAAACUGAAGAGGAUGAUGAUGAAUCAGGGGAAGAGAGAGAUUCGCAUAUUGCUAAGAUUUUGCAGCAAGAGCAGCUUGAGGAGAGUGGUCGUUCCCGCAGAGCCAUUGCUUCUAGGCUUCAGAAGCCAUUAGAAGGGGAAGGGUUUCGGUUUAUAGUAAAGCACCGACAACCUGUCACAAGUUUGGCUCUAUCUGAAGAUGAUUCAAGAGGAUUUUCAGCUUCCAAGGAUGGUAACAUCGUUCAUUGGGAUGUGGAUAGUGGGAAGACAGAAAAAUAUGCUUGGCCUUCUGUAGAGGUUUUAAAAUCUCAUGGUAUGAAGGAUCCCCAAGGUAAAGCAACCAAGCAUAGUAAACAUGUUCUAGCAUUGGCUGUAAGCUCUGAUGGCCGAUAUUUGGCUAGUGGAGGUUUAGAUCGUCAUGUUCAUCUCUGGGACAUUCGUACACGGGCACACGUUCAGGCUUUUCCUGGGCAUAAAGGACCUGUUUCAUGCUUAACAUUCAGGCAAGGGACUUCCGAACUUUUUUCUGGUUCAUUUGAUCGCUCUAUCAAGAUAUGGAAUGCCGAAGAUAGAACUUAUAUAAACACCUUAUUUGGUCACCAGAGUGACGUGUUGACCAUCGAUUGCUUGAGAAAAGAGCGUCUCCUGACAGUUGGACGUGAUCGUACCAUGCAUUUGUGGAAGGUUCCUGAGGAAUCCCAGUUGGUAUUUCGAGCACCAGCAUCUUCACUUGAAUGUUGUUGUUUCAUUAGCAACGAUGAGUUCUUAUCUGGUUCUGAUGAUGGAAGUAUUGAGCAUUGGAACAUACUACGCAAGAAACCCAUCCAUAUUGUGAAAAAUGCACACUCAUCAUUCAGUGAGUUUGAACAAAGUAGACAUGAGGGACUAUCAAAUGGCCACAAAGAAAAUGGUGUUCAUGAUUCAUCAAGGCUCGGUUUGCCGGCUCUUUCUUGGGUCCACUCUGUUGCUGUUUGUAGAAACAGUGAUCUUGCUGCUUCAGGAGCUGGAAAUGGUUCAGUCCGCCUUUGGGAAGUUGCACCUGAAUCCAAAGACAUUCAACCUUUAUUUGGCCUCUCCUUGGAUGGAUUUGUGAAUGCUUUGGCAUUUGCAAAAUCGGGGAAAUUUCUGAUUGCGGGAGCUGGGCAGGAACCACGGUUAGGAAGGUGGGGACACGUCGCUGCUGCCAAAAAUGGAGUUGCACUGCAUCCCUUGAACUUGUCAUAACUACACACACUACGUACGGGCCAAUUUUGAUUUGUGAGCCACAAAACUGUACAAGUAGAGAGAAUGUAGCAUUGCGUCGAGUGUUCAUCAGAAAGUAAGUUCCUUCCAGAAGAACAAUUUUGAGUCAGUUGUCUCUCACCUUAUUUGAAGAAGGUUGGGGUGGGGUGGGGUGGCAUAUUUUUAGGUGAUUGGGGUUUGUUUCAGUCAUCCAUCAUCAGAUCACCUCUUGCCAUUGCCAUAUUGCUUGCUUACUUGGGAAUGGAAGAUAUAUUUUAUUCAUGGAGUUUUAAUGGCUGUUAUAUAGGAAAAACACUUACCAGAGUUGGAUUUUGCUUGUAGCAUAACUUUUAUUUAUGGAAUGGAUAAAAUCAUUUAGAGACUAA